GUUGAUGCGAUCUGUUUAGAAACAUUACUUCCGUGUACUUCUUUAGCACGCUGACAUCGUUAAAGAUUAUAGAUACGUUUGUUGUGAACCAAGUAACGUUAUCACGCAUGUUGGACGCGACGCGUCAGUAGUCUGAGGAGCUACGACACCACAAGCGUUGCUCUUUAGGAAAUGCAGGCUGUGGUCAGACUGGCAGCAAUUGCGGUAGCGGUCCCUAUGGGUUUGCUGCUUUCCAGAACCAUGGCAUGGAUAUCUAGUGGCAAAACACAUGCUGAACUCGUCACCCGUUUAAGAGAUCAUGGGGUUAUCCGAAGCGACCGUGUGUUUAAUGCCAUGCUUGCCACUGACAGAGGAAUUUAUUCCAAGGAUCAUCCUUACACCGACUCCCCCCAAUCCAUAGGAUUCAAGGCCACCAUCAGUGCCCCUCAUAUGCACGCACACGCUCUUGAAGUUCUCAGUGAUAAGUUAACAGAAGGAGCUUCAGCCCUGGAUGUAGGUUCAGGAAGUGGAUAUCUCACUGCAUGCUUUGCCAGAAUGGUAGGGCCUUCCGGUAAAGUGGUGGGAAUUGACCACAUAGAUGAGCUGGUGCAGUCUUCCAUUAAAAAUGUCCAGGCAGAUGAUCCCGAAUUGCUGGCCUCUGGACGGAUUAAAUUAGUGGUGGGGGAUGGACGAUUGGGAUUUCCUGAUGAAGCCCCCUAUGACGCCAUUCAUGUUGGAGCAGCUGCUCCCACACUCCCUAAAGCACUCCUGGAGCAGUUGAAACCAGGUGGCAGACUAGUUUUGCCAGUAGGCCCACAGGGUGGAAGCCAAGUUCUCGAACAGUAUGAUCGUCAGAGUGAUGGCACAUUCCUCAGAAAAGCACUGAUGGGUGUGAUUUAUGUCCCGCUAACAGACAAAGACCACCAGUGGCCAAGUGAUGAGCUCUGAUUGCAGUAUGGUUGCCCCUGCAGGAGAUGGCGCUGGUGCUUUGGUUCAUCAAGCCCUUAGGCCUAAGGAAAAGUCUCGCAUCCCAUCUCAACCCGCUGCUUAGCAACACAAUUGCCAGGAUCAUUCUGAUUCCUGACUUGAAAUUGAAGUCAAUGCAGCAGUACAGGACUCGAAUAAAUGCUGGCAGGGCAUGUCCUGGGGUGCUGUUGUACUUUCUCAUACCUAGAUUGAACGAUGAAGGACUUUGCUGAAAAGGCUCCUUAUCUAAGAUUUGUGUGAUUUCAAGUAUGCAUAGUAUUCAUGGGUACUGCUUUACUUCUGUUCUGCUUUAAUGAUACUAUACAGGAAGAAAAGCAAUGGCAAUAGAGUACAGUUACCUUUAUAAUAAGUUGAACCUCUUGGAUGUCUCGCUAAUAAGUUAUAUUCCAAGGCUUUAAUAACACAAAACAAAAUUACUUUUUAGUUUUUGAAAAAAAGAAUAAAUAACUUUUUUUUUUCAAUUUUGCAUGACAUUCUUGAAAAUGUUAUCAGUUUUAUGUGUAUCUAGAGUUUUGGCCUGUGUAAUUUGUUUUCAUAUUUUCUCUAAUUUACAUAUCUUAUUGUAUUAAUCUACUUGUAAUUAAAUGUAAACUAAAUGCAAUGCCUUGUAUAUUUUCUUUUAAAUCAAUAAAAUUGUCAAAACACUUUAGAGAGACACUUUA